UUAGAUGCCUCGUUUCUGUUUCCUCCCAGAUCUGACAGCAGGCUCAGUGGGAGCCGCGGACGUUUGAGUACGGAGUGUGUUACGAUCGCCUGGUAUAAUUUCGCAGCAGAAGACUUUCAGGUGUAUUAAUGUGCGAAUAGUUAUUUUGUUGCGGGGGACAAUACAAAAGUUGGAAGGUAAAAUAAGAAGAGGAGGAAGAUGUCUGGAGAGCUGUCGCUUGGUAUAAACAUCAAAGAGUCACGAUGGGACCAGGGGACCUUCAUGGGCCGAGCCAAGCACUUCUUCACAGUGACCGACCCCAGGAACGUCCUCCUGUCCAGUGAAACCCUGGAGGACGCACGGGUCACCAUUGAAAAUUACAGGCUGGGAAUAGUGAAGCCCGGACUGACAGAGGACCAACUUUGGAGGGCCAAGUACAUUUAUGACUCCGCCUUCCACCCAGACACGGGUGAGAAGAUGCUCCUGAUUGGUCGAAUGUCUGCACAGGUGCCCAUGAACAUGACCAUAACGGGCUGCAUGCUGACUUUUUACAGAACAACCCCAGCUGUAGUCUUCUGGCAGUGGGUGAACCAGUCCUUUAACGCCGUGGUGAACUACACCAACCGCAGUGGAGACGCCCCCAUCACCGUCAAUCAGCUGGGUGCUGCCUAUGUCAGUGCUACCACUGGAGCUGUGGUCACAGCCCUGAGUUUGAAGUCUCUCACCAAGCACCUGCCUGGCAUCAUCGCUCGAUUCGUCCCCUUUGCUGCUGUGGCAGCAGCCAACUGUAUCAACAUCCCCUUCAUGAGGCAGAGGGAGCUCAAGUAUGGAAUACCCGUGACCGAUGAGAAUGGAAACCGGCUUGGCGACUCCACCAGUGCUGCAAAGCAAGCGAUUGUCCAGGUGGUGGUGUCACGGAUCGGCAUGGCAGUGCCGGCCAUGGCUAUUCCUCCUGUCAUCAUGAAUGCUCUGGAAAAGAAAGCUUUCAUGAAGCGGUUUCCUGUACUCAACGCACCUGUCCAGGUGGCACUGGUGGGAUUCUGCCUGGUGUUUGCCACCCCUCUGUGCUGCGCCCUGUUCCCGCAGAAGAGCUCCAUGAAGGUCAGCAGUCUGGAGCCAGAACUGCAGGAGAGUAUCCGGAAGAGCAGCCCUCACACCACCAAGGUGUUCUUCAACAAGGGCCUCUAGGGGUGUGGACUGGGUGGAGCCGGGGAAGGGGUCGGGUGGGGGUGUCGUGUGAUUUAAGCCUGAUUUAUCCUCGUCGUACCACCCUUGAGACAAUUGUCGCAUGACGGAAAUGAAUGCAUCGCACAACGUUUCUAGUUUAUACUUUGACGACGGCUCUGUUGUCUCAAUGGCUACAAGAUUCCAAACCGCUGAUAUUUACAUUUUUGAAAACACGGCAGAGCCUAUCCAGGACAAUGAAUUUCAGUUUCCAUCUUGCUAUCCAAUCAACGCUGUGCGACGAUGUAUGACAGUUCUGCCUCAUAACAAAAUUCUGCAGGUGCGCGACCCUGAGGAAAAAGUGCCAGUUUUCUGUUGGAAAUGCGACGUUUGCCUUAUGACACUUGUCGCAAGGGUCAUACGACGAGUAUAAAUCAGGCUUUAUAUGCUGCCUAAUCCCCCAAGGGAUUGUACGGGCACUAGACCAGGGAGCUGGGGGGCGGGGGAUUCAUGGCUGAGGUGAACCUAAGUGACCUAAGCCUCUCCCUGACCAAGCACAACCAUGUUGGUUUAUUGGGCACAAUUGUAAAGGACAGAUACCUAUGUGUUUAUUAACUCAGGCCUGGAUUUAGACAACAAUGGUCCUUAACUUGGAUUAACAAUGAAAUGUGUUCAGAUUUUUCUUCAGAAACUCAGUCUGCUGAGUGAGUUUUAGUAGUUUCUGAACUCGCCAAGCUGUGUCUGAAGAAAAAUAAUAACUUGUUUGACUCAAUUUAGGCUUCUGUUUGUCCCCUUCCCAAAGCCAGUUCUUAUUCCAAGGUUGUGGACUCCCAGUCACCUUUGGCUAAUGACAUAGCUGAGGCUUGAACCUGCGAUGUUGUGGUUGUUGGGGCCAGCUUGCUUUUGUGGCAAGUACCUUUACUGACUGAACCACGUGGGGAAGACUUGGAAAGGAUUGGAAAAACCAAACACUAUCAGGGUUUUAUACUCUCAUGGAACAAUCUUGGGUGUAACAAGAAAAGAAAAGAUGUGUCACACUACCUGUAAAGUCACAGAUGUUUUGAUUCAUUGUGGGUGAAGCACUCCAAUAGGACUGAAGGAAUAAUAUAUGACUGAAAUAGGACUCACAUAAUUCUCAUGUAAUUCAUAUCAUUGUGAUAUUGGCAGGCUAUGCACAAGUUAUUAGGGCAGUGGUUCUCAACCCUGGUGCAGAAGUACCACCGUGUAUGCUAAUUAUAUUUACAAUCUUACGAUUAACUAAGGUUACUGAAAUGCGUGUUACAUAAUUUUACAUUUUGCACAAAUGGUUCAGUAUGAAGGACCAGAUGUUGUUUGACAUUAACUGUCUCUAUGUAAAAACAAUGAUACUUCAGGUUUAAAUAAAAACAGCAUGCACAUGGACACUGCAGGGCCAGGAUUGAGAACCCCCUUCUCAAUGCAUACCUGGGUCAUGGGUUUCUCUUUCUUCAUUCUGAGGAAAGUGGAAUGUUUAUUCCAUUCUUGUUUGCUUUGGUGCAUCCUUGCCAAUGAUUGAAUGUGCAUAUAUUUUAUUUUUUCUCACUCAUACAUUUCCCAUGCCUUAAUCACUGAUGAUUACGUGUGGUCUCUGACACUUUCGCACAUCUUGGAAGGAACCUUGUUAUGUUCUUGAAUUUCUUGAGUUUCUCAAUAUGAAAAAUGCAGUAUGUCUCUGUGCUUUGGGGGAAUUGCGGUAACCUUACUCUGUUAGUCACUGGGCUGGCUGCCCAGCCUCAUUCCUGUGUUUCCUGGUAUCAGAUCAUGUGGUAGUGGGCAAAACACAGGUCAUUUGCUUAGUCGGACGACUUCUAAAAAUAUUCUAAGCUUGGUUUUGUCAUUCCAGCCACAUUAAACCAUGUGCUAGUUGUGAUAGUAGUGAGAAAGCAAACAUAAUAUUUCUAAAUCCCAGCAGAGAAAAAGAGACGAAGAUUAGUGGAUCAUGUUGGGCUAAACUCAGAGUACAAGUUACAACAGAAAAAGAAUAGAACAAAAACGAAUACCAUCACCUAUGCUACGGUCUACCCCACCUCCAUCUCCCCUUAUGCCAAAUAUAUGCAUAUGGAGCUUUUAUGUUCAAAAUUUGGUGUUUGUAGUUAUAAAGUAUUGUAAGUUGACCUCUGGUUCUGUAUCACAGUGAUGUUUUUCAGUGUAGUAGAGCAGUGUAAUUGAGCAUUCCAUGCUAACGUUUCGAACCGUAGGGUAAACAAAGUCAAAGAGAAGGUAUAUUACUUCCUGUGACCACCAGGUGGGAGUAUUCACAGGUUUUCACCAAACUCAGUCCUGGAGGGACCCCUAUGUGUGUUUUGUUACAGCCAAUGGCUCACCAGUUACCUUGACUGUAAUCAGAUUCUAUCUUAACUGUGCAUAUUUGUUGAUUUAGUUCCAGUGCCCAAUGUCCAUGCUUUCAGCAGUUUGGAUCUCACUCCUUUUGCCUGUCAGACAAUCAAUUAAACAUUAUAUUUUUCAAGGAAUCAUGAUGCACAUUUAAGAAAAUAAAAACUUUAAUCUGAUUGAAUGAUUUCUAGAGAGUACAGGCUUCAACAGACAGAAACUGUCCAAUGAAUUGUGAGCAGUUUGUUGCAAUACAUGAAUCACAAUUGUGGAUUGAACGAAAACCGGCUUACAUAGGGGUCUCUGAGGACCGAGAUUGAGAACCUCCCCUCUAGGCCUGUGCAAUGAGAAGUAGGAAACAGCCAUGCGACGUUCUGAAUGUGACGCUGGAUGUGAAUAGGCAAGGAUUUCAAUAUUAAUCCCAGGGGAAAUAUGCGGUUGGAACUACCAAGCAUACACCAAGUCUGUAGCCCUUACAAGGCAGUUAAUAAUAAUAUUUUUUAUUUAUUUAUCCAAAGCAACUUGCAGUUUACUAAGCAAGGGACAAUCCACCCUGGAGCAAUGUGGGGUUAAGGGCCCAGUCAUGUACGUUAGCCACUUGGCUACAUGCCUGAGUUGUGAACCAGGUGGACUACCUGUUCUUUAAAUGUCUCAUUGCCAGGAAUCAAGUGGUGUAGCUAGUGGGCUACUGUAGGAUAAACACAAAUGCACACUAUGAACUGGCCUUGGUGCAUUGUUUUAUUUUCAGAAUGUAUCCGAUAAAUACUUGGUAUCCCCAACCAAACACUUUCCCAAAUCCUCAAUUUUAUCUCCAGCUUCCUUCAAAGCUUUUCCCCAAAACUGCCACCUCUUUAAAUGAUUGAAUACGUUCAAAGAUAUCACUGCACUGCUUAAUGUGUGGGUUACAUGUGGCAUAUUCCACAGGCAAUUGAAUGCACACACACGCACAUAUACAGACUGAAUGUUAGAAAAUGGUGUUCAGUUGAAUCAUUGUGUUGGUUCUUACCAUUAACAGUCAUUUUUGUUUUGUAUUUUAAGUGGAAGGUUAGUUACAGCUCUUUAAAAUUUAAGAAUCAAAUAAAAUUGAAGUGUAUACAGUU